AACACUUUAGUUUGAAUUCGAAUCUCAGCAGGUGAAGAACAUUAAGUAAACAAAUAAAGACACAAAAUCAACAUGACAAUUGAAGUCACCACUCCCGACAAAUUGGAAUACCAAUUCUACCCAGCCAGCGGUGGAGUGUUUGUAUUCAAGGUGCGUUCUCCUAAGGAUGCCCAUUUGGCCCUGAGCUCAACAAACCAGGAGAGCGGUCCCAUCUAUGAAAUAUUCAUUGGUGGUUGGGAAAACACAAAAUCGGUGAUACGCAAGGAUCGCCAGAAGCCAGAUGUUGUAGAAGUGCCUACACCUGGAAUUUUGGAUGCUGGCGAGUUCCGUGGUUUCUGGGUUAGAUGGUAUGACAAUGUUAUCACUGUCGGACGUGAGGGCGAGGCUGCCGCUUUCCUCUCCUACGACGCUGGAGAUCUGUUUCCCGUUAACUUUGUUGGCAUCUGCACAGGCUGGGGAGCCAGUGGCAGCUGGUUGUUGGAUGAGCCCGCUGCUUCAGCUCCGGUUAUGGGAUUCUCCGCCCCCACAGGAAGUGGCCCUGGAUGCUGGGUGGCUGCUGCCAAUGGCGAGGUUCCACCAAAUGCCUUGCAGGGCGGUUUCGACAGCAACGAACAACUGUACAUUGCUAGAGCACGUCACGAAGGCGACUUGAUUCCCGGAAAACUGCAUCCAACCCACGGUGUUACCUAUGUGGCCUGGGGAGGCGGCGAACACGGCCACUCCGAAUACGAAGUACUGUGCGCUGCUGGCGGCCAAUGGAUUCCCGUCGAAGGAGGCGUUAUUCCACCAAAUGCCUUUCCCGCCGGCGAGACAGCCGAAGGUGAGCCGCUCUUCAUUGGCCGUGCCACCCACGACGGCACCAUUACCGUGGGCAAGGUUCAGCCAUCACACAACUGCUGCUAUAUCCCCUAUGGCGGCGAGGAGUUGGCCUACAAUGAGUUCGAGAUCUAUGUUUCCAACUAGAUCUUGACCCCGCACUGAAACUUGCACUGUUAAUGAGCGCUUUACACUCCAAACUUGUCGCACAAAUUAUCUUUAUAUAUGUACACAUUUGCAAUGUAUUUAUUUACAUAUUUAUUUCCCUGCAUUUUAAUUAAUCUCGUUAUUGUUGAAGAAUCUCGAAAUUCGAAAUCUAAAUUGAAUUAAUUACAUAGUAAAUAAAUUUACCCCCUUGCUAA